CCCUGCAUUGCCGACUUCUUUGAGUGUUGUUGCUGUAUUUUUCGUAGCUGCAAUAAUAAUGGUUAUCUGCUUUAUCAAAAAAAGACGUCAACAGCCAGAAAAGCCUAUAGCUAUGGAAUCCGUCCACAAGUACGACAACCAUGCCUACAGCUCAAACAUGAAUGACGCACUUGACAAUACAAGAGAUACUCGAAGAAAUACCAAUAGUGCUUUCGACAGCAGUACGUGGCGGUCGGCAGCUUCAACCAUGAACGGAACAGGGGUGAACGACACUCUGGGUGGAAGCCAGCCACCAAAUCGUUCGAGUCAAGCGUCCAGUGCUUCCGGGUCCGGAGUUCAAGGGGAAGAUUCAGAGGGCAGACAUUAUUUUGUUCUGAACCCUGGGCGCGCCUCUAUGCUGGUGGAGAAUGGGGAAGAGGAGGCGAGGAACCCGUAUGAUCCUGUAGCGCUAUAUGACAACAAGCCAGAGCGCUACACAUACAUUGAAAAUGAUGGCUCUUCAAUUGCCAUGACAACAGGCGAUGCUGGGGAAGUAGGGAUGGAAGACAAUGGUUAUGACCCAGUAACCAUAAAAGACGAUGCCACUGGUGGUUACCAAUACGUGGAUGACACUGGGACGACCGUUGCUAAUGGUGCUACUAAUCAUGGUGAUCUUCCAAGCCCCUACGAACCUGUUGCGAUCGGGGAGGCAUCAUCGAAAUCGAAUAAUUCUAACGCGAGCGAGAGAAAAGUACCCAUACCAGCGGCAAGGAAAAACAUGGCACCAAAACCUAAGGAGAGGAUGGUCGACAAUGUUUUGUACAAGCCAAUGAACGGCGAAAAGAUGAUAGACAAUGUACUUUAUAACCCUAUUUAAGAUAAUCAAUUAAAACAAAUUGAGCUUAGACAUUAUUUUUGAAGGGAAGAGAAGCUUUGAAUAUGUCAAAACGUUUUGAAUAUUCAUAUUAUUUUCAGUGUGACAUGAGAUCGCCAUAGAGCGAUACACUCACAGAUUUGAGGCAGUUGUUUUGGUAACCAGAUUCUGUACGAAUAUAUGAUAAUUGUUUAUGAUAAUGAUUAUAUGAUAAUGAUAAUGAAUAUAUGAUAAUGAUUUAUUUUGUCAGCUAGCUGGAAUCUUACGCAGAGCAUGCCAGGGAGAGUGAGUUAGUACUUCUGUGAAGUAAGAACACGAAAAAUAAUCUCGCGAGCAGUUUCGAAUCCGUACUGUAUUCCUAAGAGAAAACAUGUUCAGAUAUUAAAUGAAAUAUGUAGUUUAUAUUGCAAUUAGCAUGCAUUGCAAAAGGUGAUUCGAAAAUAGAAAGAAAUAGUUAACCUCUUUGCAAUCGUUAAUACAAAUAACCAAGAUUAUUCAUGCACAAUUGUGAAACUAAAUCCUGCCUUUUUGCGAUAUGAUUAUAGCGCCAGCUACGACAAAUCAGAUCGUUGCAAUAGACCGAUUUACCUACCUACAUGUAUUCAAAUUUAUCGCUCUUUCGUCCAUGGGGACCUAAUGACGUUCCGGUCAGAAUACAUUACUUGUCGCUAUGUCGGGCAAGCCUCGGGCAAGCUCACAGGUUGUCAAGAACAAACUUUGUAAUAAAGUAUGCAUAAAAUCGAUCUACGAAUGAAAGGCAUUCGUAAAUCAUGCUUUUGAUCUAUCAGACAAAUGGAUGGAUUAUACGGGCUAGUUUCUACGUUGUAUGCAUUAUUUGAUAGCAGGGUUUAAUGGAAAUAUUCUUUCAAAAUACGUUGAUAAGAGUUAUAAGCAAAAUUUUCUCUUCCUUUUUAUCUCAUCCUAUCUUCAUGUAUGUUUUUUCCAUUUCAUGUAGACUGUAUAUCCUUGCGCAUAGUUUGUAUGUCUACCCAAUAGACUAAAAAGUGUAUUUUAUAUUUUUUGAAAAUGGCAAAAUUUAAUUUUAAAAGUAGAUGCUGGCAUCUCUGUAUAUAAAAAGUUUUAUAAUUUACAGGGUAUAGAAAACUAUUUAUCGCAAUGCAUUAUUCUAAAAUUUGUGUAAUCUAUGUUCAUGCCUACAAUAACGAGAAAUAUAUGCAAGUUAAGGCAUUGUUAUUUUAUUAGUAGGUCAACAGGUAUUCUCGAGCAAACGCUUAAUAAGAUAAUUCAAGUUCUUAAACUUUCCAUUUGAUCUAAGAAACACAUUACACUAUUACCAUGACAACCAUUAUAUGGGGAAACUUCCAAGUUCAAGUAAUCUAACGUUUCUUUCUUAUUCUAGUAGGCAAUCAAUAAUACGUGUUAUGUCUCUUUUGUAUUCACUUGAUUUAGUGAAUCCAUUUUGGUACGAAACUAUGUACAUGUACAGGUAUCAAAAUGACCUACAACUUCAUUUUUUUAGACGAAAAUUUCACUUAAUGUUUACUUACCUGUUCAUCUCGAUGUAAUAAACAGUUUGCUUAGAUAUUUCUUAAUAGUCACUUCCCCCACCCCUUUUAAAGGAAAAAAUGAGUUUAAAAAUACGUUUAUGUGUAAAACAUGGACACCGUUAAGUGCCAUGUUUUAGUGUAAAUGCUUAUGCCUCGCAGAGAUCAUGGUUUGUGUAGACUAAAAAAUCAUAGAACGCAAUAUCUUAUUUUCCUGAAUAUAGACAACGUAUUUCUAAAUGUACUCAGCCCUUCUCAGCUCAAAAUAAAGAACAGUUGCAUAUGCAAAUAA